AAAGAAAAAACGAUCCAUCUUAUCUUGUUCUUGCUAAAUAAGUGGGCAGUGGAAACCAAGUGCGCAUAACCCAGAAACCAAAGCAUAUUAUAUAUAUAUAUAUAUUGCGGAGCCCCACUCUUAUUAUCAUCUGUUUUGUUUAUCAACAAUGGCGACUUCAACCCUAAAUCCUAACGCUCCAAUCUUCAUUCCUACCGAAUAUCGUGAAGUGGAAGACUUUUCCGACCAGUGGUGGGACCUCGUCCACUCUUCUCCCUGGUUUCGCCAUUACUGGCUUCGUGAAUGCUUCUCCGACCCCGACUCUACUGAUGAUGUUCCUUUUCUCCCUGAUAUUGAUUUUAUCUCCAACGAUUUCAAGCAAGAGGAGAAUAAGAACGAGUUGAUCACUUUGGGGAUGUUGAAAUGGAACAAAUCACGUGUUGCUGCUGAAAUCCCAAGGUAUGGGAAGAAGGUGCCGAAAAUCGUGAACGUGAAAGUGAGCCCUAGGCCUAUUCAGCAGCCAAGGUAGAACGAGUCACAACUCGGGACACACGAAGUUAGCUAGAUCUGUUUAGUUAGUGUUUCAUGUACAUAGCUUGUUUAACUUGUUUUGUAUCUGCACUUUUGUACCUUGUUUUUUUCCAAUAAAUGCCAAUACAAAAGUAGAUGCAUAAAAUAGAGCAAAUGUUACUAGAA